AUGACGAUGGACAUCAAGCAGUCGCGAAUGAAUGUGAAAAUAAACUCUGUGGCUCCGGAUGGUCAAGUGCAGCUUUCAGAACUUCCCCAACACCAGAACCACCAUAACCACCAGGGUGCGACGAAGCUUCCAGAGUCCGGAUUCCGCGGCUCCGGUCGAGGAACCGCCGGUAAGCGUUCGUUCGAUGUAGCCUUCCUGAUGCUGCCGGACGAGAAGCUGACGACCAAUGGCCGCAAUGGCAAGCAACCGCGAAUACGUCAGCAGCCUCCACCGUCCCCAUCGCCCACCAUCGACGUUGAGAGUGACUCGACGCAGUCGGAACCGCGCUCCGAGGAUCUUUCCCUGAAGAGCGGCUUUAGUCCGAUCCGCUCGCCGGAUCACGUCGCCGAACGGCACUUCAAUCUGGACAUGCUCCGCCAACGGGCACUACUGGUCGAUCACCAUCAGCAUUCGCAGCCACUCGCAACCGCAGCCCACCAACAGCAACCGCACGAGCCGAUGCUCCCAGGAGGUCACGAGCGGUUGGCCUAUCUGUUUCCUGGCGCGCGGUUCUACGAACAUCCCUUCGGAAGUCUGGUACGGGGCGAGUUCCCACCGGGAGAGCUUCCACGCAGUGCGUUCUCGAAGGUGACAAGCGUCAGUGUGCCCACCGAGUCACCGCUACCGCCGCUAAGUCCCGACCGACAUAGCUGCCCCUCGACAAGUCCACCGAUUUCACUAAGUCCCGGCUCGCAGACUUCCGCCGCCGGCUUUCGAGCAUACGAGUACGGACCGUUCCUUUCGCCCAGCCCCGGCAGUCCCGCUCCGGGAAGUUCCCUCACGGCCGUCGGUGAGUCGCUGGUACGCAAAUCUUCGUCCCCCGCCAAACAUGGACCGCCGGGUCACGUCACCAUUCCGCUCUACCACCAUCCCAACGAUCCUAGCGCCCCCGGCGGUGGUUCUCCGUACUUUCCGUCGCAUCCGUUCGGACUCCCGUCGCCGUUCGCCGGCGGACCGAACGGACCGCUGCUGCCCGAGGUCGAUGGACUGAUCCGCAAUCCGGCCGCGGCCGCCAUCCUCUCCACGCUGCUACCGUCGGCCAUGAGCACCUUCACGCUGUCCGCGCAGAACGUGUGCGCCAAGUGCAACAUCAGCUUCCGGAUGACCAGCGAUCUGGUGUACCAUAUGCGAUCGCACCACAAGAGCGAACACGUGCACGACCACGCCCGGCGGAAGCGCGAGGACAAGCUGAAGUGUCCGGUGUGCAACGAGAGCUUCCGGGAGCGGCACCACCUGACGCGCCACAUGACCGCCCAUCAGGACAAGGCGGGCGAUCUGCUCGAGAAGACUCCCUCGUCCUCGGGAGCGGCGGCGUCGGCUUCCAACAAGCGCGCUCUGGACACAUCGCGUCAUCACCAGCAGCAACAGCAACAUUUGAAUCUUUCGGCCGUAGGAGGAGGACGGCAUGCGUAA